UUUCAUGAAGCACUGAUAGAAAAGCUGUUCAACCAACAUGAUGACAUGUCGUUAAGAGCUUGUGAUCGAGUUAAGACAAUUGAUCUUGAUCGGAGACGCUGUAUUAUUACUAGUACUGGGUGUGAAAAAAACUUAGUUUUGAAAGAUCCAUGCGUCGUCCAACGCGGGAAACAACAAGAAUAACAAUGAACACCGCCAAGCUUACUUCAGCGCCGUUUCAAGUUACUACUGAUCUAAGCGACAGUCUUUCCGUUCACCUCCUAGUCAAGUCAUGGCGACUACAGAUACCCAAUGGAUGCCCACAACAGGCCGACACCCAGUAGCAAUAGGAACUUCACUUAGGCGCGCACUCAAAGCCCGCAAGGGCGUAGCUCCACCGAAGCGCUCCAAUCUCCCCGACAAGGAUUUCUACUCCUUCAGGUAUAAUUUCAAGCCAGAGUCAAUAGAACCAAGCAGAUCCGGGACAGUUGAAGUCAAACGCGGGAAAGACUCUACCAGCAUCACUUUAGAACGCCCUAGUACGCAGGCGGGCGAGAACCAUCUUUUCAAAGGGAAUGAACAGUCGAUGAAGGAGUAUGAUUGUGUCCUAAUUUAUGACGAGGAACUGGGUACAUUCACUCUUGAAAAGGUAGAGUGCUUCAUGGGCUUUACAUACGACAAGAAAGUCUCUUCUUCCAGCUCCAGCUUUGCCCGAAAGUCUCCCUCUGCAGCAACUCCUCCCGCAGCACAGCUUCAAGACACAAGAGAUUUGGAGAAAGAGCUAGAAAAUGAUCUCUUAGGGCUCUCAGAUGCUGAUGGUGAGGCCGUGGACGACUUCGAUGACAUUUUGGAAAAGGUCACGGGGCAAAGGCAGGAGGAAGAGGAAGAAGAGGGUGAGGAGAUUGAAAUACCUCCUCGCAAAGCUCCUUCACCACCUCCGCCCCCUCCGAAACCUAAAGUCUCUCGUCCUGUCGCUCCACCUCCCAAAAAGCACGAGUCCGAACCGAAGCCAAAACCCAAACCCAAGGAAGUGCCGAAGGCGAAAAAAGAAAUCAAUACGUAUAGAGAAGAUUCCGACUUGGAAGAGGUUCUUGAUUUUGGUCGUCCCGCUCGUCCUUCAAAACGUCCGAAGCCGUCCGUCUCAACCGGAUUGGCCUUGCCAGGGACGACGCCUUCUUUCGUGCCUCCUGCUCUUCCCACAAAGCCUGUGGCAGCAGAAUCGGACUCUGAAGAAGACUGGGAUGAAGUUACCCACAAUGAUCCGGUAGAGGAGGAGAUAGAUCUUGACGCCUUCGGGCGGGAGAUGGAAGCAGAGCUCGAAGAAGAGUCGGACGAUGAUAUAUUGGCGGCAGCAAUGUCUCCAGAUCUUGAACCAGUGGCAAAUGUCUCUGGACGACCCAUGUCGCUCAAUCAAUUCGCAGGUGGUCAACUCAGUGCAGAUGAAGACGAUACAACAUCCAGUGAGGAUAGUGAUGAAGAUUAAGCCCACUUCUUGCACUACAUUCUAUCGUUGUACAACUUAUGUCCUAUGAAUUAUCGUCCUUUUCUAUCAAUAUUCCCUAA